CGUCUUCUCCAAUGUUCCGAGACGAAGAAUGACAAACAUGAUUCAGAUGAUUAUGUAGAACAUUCUGGAUUCAGGAUAACGUCUUCAAAUCCUCUCUCUCCCCUUAACAAUAUCGUUAUAUAUAAAUAUGUAUAUAUGAAAGCUAACAUGCGUGAGAGAGAUAGGAUUCAGAACUUGAGAGAGAGUCAGCCAUGGCGGAUGGAGUUUUCUGGCACCCAUUCCGGCGAUUUGUUGGCCCUCCGGUUUUCCGGGAAUCGUGGGGAUCAACUGCUCUGAUUGACUGGAUGGAAUCACCUAACGCCCACAUCUUCAAGAUCAAUGUACCAGGGUACAACAAGGACGACAUAAAAGUCCAAGUAGAGGACGGAAAUGUCCUGAGCAUAAGAGGGGAAGGUGUGAAGGAAGAGAUGAUGCAGGGGAAAGAGAACGUGACGUGGCACGUGUCGGAGAGAAGCGGCGGUCCGGGAAAAGGGGAGUUUCUCCGGCAGAUAGAGUUGCCGGAAAACGUGAAGACGGAUCAGAUAAAAGCCCACGUGGAGAACGGAGUCUUGACGGUGGUCGUCCCCAAGGACACGUCGCCUAAGCCCUCCAAAGUCAGGAACAUCAACAUCACUAGCAAGCUCUGAGUCGAGAGUAGGCUGUCUGGUCACGGCUUUCUGUAAUAACCUGUCUGGUCUGUGUUUUGUCCUGAAUCUAUGGUUAUGAGAAUGUUAUAAGAUAUAGUUUGGAGUGAUAUUGUUGUGAAAACUCUGUACUCUGUCAUCUGAGAAUCGGUAUUUCACUCUGUA